AAACCGGAGCAGCCGUGACUCCGUGAGCCGGAGCUUGGGGUUGGAGGUUAGAGUUAGAAACUUGCAACUUGGUUAAUCGCUCCUUGUCAAUCUAGUUGCUUACACUGUUUUGUUUAUAGAUAUUUACAAAGUUUCAUAAUCGUUUUGUACAGACUUGACAAAUAUUGCGAAAUGUGACAAAGGAUUCGAGAGCAAUUCGACGUAGGGCUAGCACAAAUUUUGUGUAAUUAAUUUUAUUGAUAUAGUUAACCUAAAAAAAAUAAUAAUUGAGAAAUGGCAGAUGAAAAAGCCGUGGUGCAAGAAUUUAAGUUGGAUCCGGACUGCGAAUUGAGAUUCGAGGUGGAGAGCAAGAAUGAAAAGGUCACAUUGGAGCUGAAGAACGGCCGGGCGGAAGUUUUCGGGACGGCGUUGGUGAGAGGGAAGAAGUACGAGUUCACCGCCGGCGCGAAAGUCGCGGUUUACACCUGGCAGGGCUGUACCGUCGAGCUGGUCGGGAAAGUUACGGUCAGUUACGUGGCGAAGGAGACGCCGAUGGGCCUGUACUUGAACUGCCACGCGGCGAUGGAGCGGAUGCGGGAGAUCGCGGAGAAGGACGACACCACGGGCCCGAUAACGAUGGUCGUGGGGCCGUGCGACGUCGGCAAGUCCACGCUGUGCCGGAUACUGCUGAACUACGCCGUACGAAUGGGCAGACGGCCGAUUUUCGUCGACCUGGACGUCGGCCAGGGGCACAUAGCGAUCCCCGGCACCGUGGGCGCUCUGCUGGUGGAACGACCGUCCAACGUCGUGGAGGGCUUCAGCCAGCAGGCGCCGCUGGUCUUCCAUUUCGGGCACAAAACGCCGCAGGCCAACGUGACGCUGUACAACCUGCUCGUGACGCGUCUGGCGGAGGUGUGCUCGGACAGGUUGCAGGCCAACAAGAAGGCGAAGGCGUCGGGGAUCGUCAUAAACACGUGCGGCUGGGUCAAGGGGGACGGCUACAAGCUGCUCACGCACGCGGCGCAGGCGUUCGAGGUCGACGCGAUUCUCGUGCUGGACCAGGAGAGGCUCUACAACGAGCUGGUGAGAGACAUGCCGGACUUCGUCAAGGUGGUCUUUCUGCCGAAGAGCGGCGGCGUCGUCGAGAGGAGCCAGGCGCAGAGGACCGAGUCGAGGGAUCAGAGUGUCAGGGAGUACUUUUACGGCUCUCGGACGCCGCUCUAUCCGCACAGCUUCGAGGUGAAGUGGAGCGAGGCGAGAUUGUACAAGAUCGGCGCGCCCGUUCUACCGGCGUCCUGCAUGCCGUUGGGCAUGAAGGCGGAGGACAAUCUGACGAAGCUGGUGGCCGUCACGCCGGGACCGAGCCUGCUGCAUCACUUGCUGUCCGUUUCCUUCGCCGAUUCCCCCGAGGACGACGUCGUGCAGACCAACGUCGCCGGAUUCGUUUGCGUGACUAACGUGGACGUAGAGAGGCAGACGUUUACGGUACUUAGCCCGCAACCUCGGCCGUUACCGAACACAAUGCUCUUAUUGUCGGAUAUACAAUUUAUGGACAGUCAUUAGUUGUAGAUAAUUUUUUUUGUUAGAUACUAUAAAUGUGCAUAAUUUAGCAUUCAUAUAUUUUGUAUAAAUUAAAUAAUUGUAUUAAAAUAUAUUUAUACACGUGCGAAUCUAACAUCAGCUUAUUUUAUUCUCUAAGAACUUUGCAAUUAUUUUGUGUGGUUUAUCAACAGCUGUUUAUUUUCCUUCGCAUUUGAAUUCUAUAUUUCUUUAAAUAUUUAAUUAUUAUAUUUCACUUAAAGCGUGCAAGGUUUUCUCUUUACUGCUGAAUUAUAAAAUGCAAUAUAGUUAUUCUUAUUCUCUUUGUACUAUUUAUGUUCUUUUUGCUCUAUUACGUUCAAUUAUCUGCCGAUUUUGUGGAUGAAAAAUGUUAAGUGCAUUUGGAAUAAAAAAACUGCUCCAUUUA